CAAGAUAAUUAGUCUUGACUUUAUAACUGCCUGUUAACACUGCAGCAGACUAGAGGGCUGCACUGGGCAUGCUCAGUCCGAUAGCAGCAUCAGCCUGUCGGUAGAGCAAAGUGGUGAGGAGGAGCGUAAAGGGAGAAAGAGGGAGGAGAGAGGGAUCUGAUAUUCACACAGGACCUUCACAUGAGACGAGGACUGUACGAGGCAAUGGCAACAACUGGAGUGUUAUGACGGCAUCAGCUGUGAAGAAAAGAUGGGAGCCAGAUGAGGUUUUUUGAGUCAGCGUAGAGAUGUAUGCCUUCUACUCUCUUCUAGUCUACAUUUUCUACACAGUUUUUAAAAAGGAGGAGGACGAGGCUUUGGAGGGAGCAUGUGGUGGCGCAUCUACAAACGAGGCAGAACAUGUUUCCAUGGAAACAGGGAGCAAGAGAUGUGGCCACACCCCCAAAUUGGGAAAAAAGGCUUUUGCUCGGCUUCAGCUUGACUCAAGCAGCAGCAGUGACAGUGAUGAGUUGUCUCCAAGUGAUGAGGAUGAUGCAGAUGGCACAGAUCUCCCAGCAUGCACUCCUCUGGCUGCGUUCUUGUCCUUCAAACAAGAGGCAGAGCAGAGAAGGACCUCACAACACCAUCUUGAAACAGCAGCAAAGAUCACAGACUCUCCCCUGGUGGCUGUGAUGUCCCACUUAUUGACUUUCCUGGAGCAGUAUUCACACUUCCAACAACUGCAGCAACAGGCCGACCAGUACAGGGUUCAACUAAAGAGACACCGCGUUCAACAUCGACGUCAAAUGAAGGCACUGAGAGCUUCAUAUCGCCAAAGACUUAAGGACAAGAAGAGCAUCAUAACCAGUCUGGAAGAGGCCUUUAGUCAGCAACAAGCCCAGAGUCCCCAGAGUGAAGGUGAAUGCAGUGGUGACAGUGCGGCACAGGGGGGAGUCCAUCUCUUGGUGGAGUCACUGUACGGUCUCCAGAGCGAGAGGAGUCAUCUGAGAGGAGAACUGCGUCUGCUGCAUUCACAGCUCGAGCAGAAAGACAAAGACCGAUACUCAAGAAUACAGGCCUUCCAGCAACAGAUUGAUGAAUUGAAAGGAUGCAUAGAGGAACGAGAAGAAGAGCUAUCCAGACUGAGAACUGCUUCUGGUGCUACAGACUCGGAGAAAAGGGUGCUUUGUUUAACGGCAGAGAACGAGAGUCUUAAGCAAAGCCUGAGUGUGACACAGGGUCUUCUGCAACAGCUGUCCACCAUCCCCUCCCAGUCCAGCAACAUGAUCAUGAAGGAAAAUGAGAACCUGAGGAGCAGAGUGCAGCAGUUGGAGAUGUCACUCCAGCAGAGGGCGGAGCAGUUAUCAAACCUGGAACGCCACAGUGAAGCGAGUGAGUGGAGACGAGGAGAGGAGCUGAGGAAACGUGAGGACCGAGUCAGGGAACUGCAACUGGAGUUAGACCGAGAGAGGGCAAAGGACCCAGUGGUUAAGUAUGUGACUCAGACUGUAGAGGUGGAGUCCCCUGCAACUUUGAAGCAUCUAAAUAAAGUCAGACAGAAGAAUGAAGUGCUCUCUGAAAAACUGGGCCAUCAGAACGAGAGGUGCAAACAACUGGAGGAACAGAUCAGGAAGUCCGACGAAUACAGCUGUAACCUGCAGCACAAGAUUGCAGCAUAUGAGAGAGAAAUCAGCUCACUGAGGGAACAACUACUGAGGGAGAUUGGGCAUUUGGAGGAGAGGAAGGAGGAAGCAGUGAAAGCUGCUGCCAGCUGCUCUGCGGAGCACUUUCAGAAUCUCCAGGACCAGUUCUUUUGCUUACAAAAGCGCUUGACUUCACUACCACCAACUUUACGUUCCAUGAAGACAGAUUAUGCCAGCCUGAGGAGCCAAGUCCGAAACUUUUCAGACUUUUAUGGAUCUGCUAUCAAUGAGGCAAAAAAACAAAUUUCUGCUGCUAUCACUGAGAUGUCAGAAGCCAAUAAAGAUCUCCUGGAGAAAUACAGGAAAGAGGUAGCACUGCGGAGGAAGUACCACGAGCAGCUGGUGGAACUUAAAGGUAACAUUCGUGUGUUGUGCCGUGUGAAGCCAGUAUUGAAAGAAGACCAACACGAGGAGGGUCAAUCUGUAGUUGUGACCCCUGACCCCAAUAACGAGUCCUCCCUGACAAUCCUCAACAAGGGGAAAGAUCGGAUCUUUGAACUGGACAAAGUUUUCCAACCUCAGGCCACACAGGAGGAGGUCUUCCAGGAAAUUGAACCUCUCGUUACCUCAUGCAUUGACGGAUACCAUGUCUGUAUUUUUGCUUAUGGACAAACUGGUUCUGGCAAAACCUACACCAUGGAGGGAAGUGUAGAGAACCCGGGCAUAAACAAGCGUGCGCUCAAACAGCUCUUUAAUGUGAUUGAGGAUCGUAAAGACAUGUGGUCUUACUCUGUCACUGUAAGCUCAGUGGAGAUCUACAAUGAGGUGCUCAGAGAUCUGCUCAGUAAAGAUGGAGAGAAACUCGACAUAAAGAUAAACCCAGAUGGAACCGGACAGCUGCACGUGCCAGGCCUGAGAGUCAUUGAAGUGAGGAACUUUCAGCACAUCAAGAAGAUAUUAGCGACUGCACGACGAAACAGGGUCACGUUUGGGACGCAGAUGAACCAGCACAGCUCACGCUCUCAUGCUCUGCUCUGUGUCACUGUAGAGGGAAUAGACCUCGCAACAGGGUCUAAAACCACAGGCAAGUUAAACCUGGUGGAUCUGGCCGGUUCAGAGAGAGUGUGGAAGUCCGGAGCAGAGGGAGAGAGACUGAAGGAGGCCCAAAAUAUCAAUCGCUCCCUGCUGGCACUGGGUGACGUCAUCCAGGCUCUGAGGGCUCGGCAGACUCAUAUCCCCUUCAGAAACUCUCGCCUCACGUAUCUGCUGCAAGACUCGCUGGGAAAAGGCAGCAAGACUGUGAUGGUUGUCCAGGUGUCAGCUCUAGAAAGCAACCUCGGAGAAACUUUAUGCUCACUUAAAUUCGCCCAGAGAGUUUGCAAGGUGGAACUGGGCCCAGCAGCCAGGAAGAUUGAAUCUGGUGGAUUAUGCGACUGACAGACUGCCUAAGGUGCUUCCCACUUCUACCUGUUAUAGCAAGAAGUAUUAUUUAAUAUUUGAAUUGAAUCCCAACUACAGCAACAAUGUGAAGAAACAGCAAACUUGCACAAGGGCUAAAGUAGCAGUCUAUGUGGCAAAUGCAUGUCAACUUAUGACUGAGGGCAUCAUAUAGUGCUCCAUAAAAACCCUUUAGUUUAAAAGAAAUACUUAACUGGGGUAUGGGUGCUAAACAGUUCCAUCUUAAAUCUAAAGCAAACCAUGCUUUGUGCACCUCAAAUAUUUUCUGUGAAGAGGCUUAUGUGUUUCAUGCAGUAUCACCCCAAACUGGUUUAAUAUCUUGUAUUUUAUAUUUGAUUUAAUCCACAUGGGCUAUAUUUCCCAUCUCGCUCUAAAUGUAUGUAGCUAGUGUGCUUCACAUGCAUUGUUGUUCUCUGUUGAGGUCUGUAAACGUGCAUUUUACAUAAUAUUGUGCUUUGGAUGAACUUGUAGAUGAGCAAAGACAAAUGUCCAGAUGGAAAUUGAACCGGUGGCCUUGUGGUAUUAUAAUGAACUGUGCAAUAUGCCCCAGACGAGGGCCAGAUGCACUUUAUAAUGAGAGGGCCUGUAUAUCGCAUUAGGGGUCUUCAGUAGAUAAUACUAGUGAAAGUCAAACCAAAAACUAAACGUUCAUGUAUUUAUCACCUUUUGGAUCGUUGGAUCUAAUGUAGCAAAUUACCGUUUCUGUAUUUUACCCCUAUUCAAGAAAUUCAACUGUAU